CCUCAGACUGGCGGGCGUGCCAGAGAUGCACUGACCGGUUUAGAUAACGGUACUGCGUGCUAUUGAGCUACUGCAGCACACCAUACAGAAGAUGUGGAGAAACGACCGGGCAGGAAACCAAUCUAUCACUGGGAAUACGUGUGAGUAGCCUGCUAGAUGUCCAGGACGUUAUAUUCAUCAAAGGACCACGACUGUUAGAAAUCGAACUCCUAACUGACACGCACGGAUGCAGCGUUUGUUGAAUUAUUCAACUCAGUAAUCACUGUUUGUAGCUGAGGAUACAGGGCCGGAGUGAUUUUAAUUUCCACUAAGUUGCUUUUUUGAUGCGGGACGAUGUACCGUGCACCAAGAGAUAUUCUGGAGGAGAAGUCGGUUUCCUCCAUCACAUCCGAAACAAUCCGAUAGACACCGGCGCACAGUGACCAUUUUGCCUGGUACGGGACUGUGAGGACUAGCUCCUGUUGCUGGAUUGUGCUGCCGUUUGUUGAGGAAUGAACUGAUCACAGAUCCCAAGAAAAGAGGAACGAGGUUCUAGCUAUCGGUCCCUUCAACAAGCAAGAAUAAGAGCAUGUGUGCCAUCUCUCGAACAUCACUCUGACUCACCGCUGCAGGCGCAACAACAACACCCACCAUCACACAGAUCUGCUCGAAGGAAAUCAAUCAAUAUUCCCCCUCAUCAAUCACCCCAUUGCUUUAUGACGUGUGCAGUUGUCUGUUGGUAUGGCUGAGAGGGCGCUGGAGCAGGUCGCCGUCAGCAUCCCCAUGGAAGAAACCAAACUCCAUGGGGGGGCACCGCAGGAGGGCCCUCUGCUCAUCCACUUGAAAAAGGUGGAGAACCACAUCACCGACGCCCAGAGAUUCUCCCACCUCCCUCGUCGCUCUGCCGUGGACCUGGAGUUCACCGAGCUGUCCUACACCAUCCGCGAGGGCCCCUGCUGGCGGAGGAGAGGUUACAAAGCUCUGCUCAAAUGUCUGUCUGGGAGAUUCUGCAACAGAGAGCUCAUUGGGAUCAUGGGACCGUCUGGGGCUGGGAAGUCCACUCUGAUGAACAUCCUGGCUGGCUACAGAGAGACGGGCAUGAAGGGGCAGAUCCUGGUGAACGGGCGGCCCAGGGACCUGCGUACCUUCAGGAAGAUGUCCUGCUACAUCAUGCAGGACGACAUGCUGCUGCCACACCUCACAGCCAGGGAGGCCAUGAUGGUCUCUGUCAAUCUGAAGCUGAAUGAGAGCAUGCAGGUGAAAAAGGAGCUUGUAAAUGAGAUCCUGACAGCUCUGGGGCUGCAGGAAUGCGCACAGACACGCACCAUCUCUCUGUCGGGUGGGCAGUGUAAGAGACUGGCCAUAGCUCUGGAGUUGGUCAACAACCCUCCGGUUAUGUUCUUCGAUGAGCCCACCAGUGGCCUGGACAGUGCGUCCUGCUUCCAGGUGGUGUCCCUCAUGAAGUCACUCGCUCUGGGAGGGCGGACCAUCAUUUGCACCAUUCACCAGCCCAGCGCUAAGCUCUUUGAGAUGUUUGACAAGCUCUACAUCCUCAGUCAGGGCCAGUGCAUAUACAAGGGUACUGUCCCUUACCUCAUCCCUUACCUGAAGAACCUGGGCCUUCACUGUCCCACCUACCACAACCCUGCCGACUUCAUCAUCGAGGUAGCCUCGGGGGAGUACGGGGAUUUGAACCCGGUUCUGUUUGAGGCGGUGCAGGGAGGGCUCUGCUCUGAGGAGGGCAAGAUGAACUCCAGAGACAAGAAUGACCCCGCCUCCUCCUGUCACUCCCACAGUCACAGCGAAACAGGGACGAUCGAGAAGCACACCUUCGCCACCAGUACUCUGACACAAUUCUGCAUUCUGUUCAAAAGAACCUUCAUUACUAUAUGCAGAGACGUGGUGUUGACCCACCUGAGAGUGAUGUCCCACCUGUGUAUCGGGGUGCUGAUUGGCCUGCUCUAUCUCAACAUCGGGAACGACGCCAGCAAGGUCUUCAACAACACUGGUUUCCUCUUCUUCUCCAUGCUCUUCCUCAUGUUUGCAGCCCUAAUGCCCACCGUCCUCACCUUUCCUUUGGAGAUGUCAGUGUUUCUGAGGGAACAUCUCAACUACUGGUACAGUCUCAAGGCCUACUACCUGGCGAAAACAAUGGCUGACAUACCAUUCCAGGUGAUCUGCCCCAUGAUGUACUGCAGUAUAGUAUACUGGAUGACCAACCAGCCUCCAGAGCUCGUUCGCUAUGUGCUGUUCAUGGCCCUGUGCACCUCCACGGCUCUGGUGGCCCAGUCCUUGGGUCUGCUCAUCGGGGCCGCCUCCACCUCCCUGCAGGUGGCCACCUUUGUGGGUCCAGUCACAGCCAUCCCUGUGCUGCUCUUCUCCGGUUUCUUUGUCAACUUCGACACCAUCCCAAAGUACCUCCAGUGGAGCUCCUACGUGUCAUAUGUCAGGUAUGGCUUUGAGGGCGUGAUCCUGUCCAUCUAUGGGAUGAACCGGACUGAGUUGGAGUGCCCAGGGCUGGUGUGUAAGUUCCAGAAGCCAGAAGAGGUGCUGCAGCUGCUGGACGUGGAGGGUGCAAAGCUGUACGUGGACUUCAUGGUCCUGGGAGUGUUCUUUCUGGUCCUGCGGCUGGCUACCUACCUGGUCCUGCGCUACAAAGUCAAGUCCAUGCGAUAAGAAUGCUGCAGUCUAUGCCCAAUGCAUAGGCACACUCAAACACACACUGGCACACACAUUCACUCAAACACACACAAUAACACACACACACACACACGUGAACAUACACAAGUGUGGAUGCAUUUUACGUCCAUGGACACCUACACACACACAUGCAUUCAAAUCGGUGCUGUAUCGUUAUUACAGUACAACUGUUACAACUGUACUCAAUAGCUUAGAUGAUUAGAGGAUGUUUGUGGAUUUGGUGUGGGGAACUGAAUUUGCAACAUUUUGCAGAGCAAAAUAUUUCUUUAAAGGAAUCAUAGUGAAGACCACCACAAAUGUUAAUUUCUCAAUCUGUUCCCAACAGUUGUUCUAAUUUAUCCAGAUCUAGUUUACAGGUGUAUUAUUUGGAUUAAUGUGUCACCUUCUUUAUCAAAGAUAGAAAUACAGUGGGAAUGCACUCCACACUGAACAAACAUCCAGUAUACUGAUACCAAGCCUGUGUCAGUAGCUACAGGGCUCAGAGAUCAGCUGCAGAUGACCCGGUCCAGGAUUCUCCAGGACUGUAUCUCAAAGGCACUGCCCCUGAGUGCUAAUCUUGCAGGGGACCUUAUUCGAGGGGAAGGCCCUAUAUUGACCAGGCAGGAAGGUUCAAACAUGGCUGUGUUGUAUACUGGAUGGACACAGAAGCCCACAUAAUUGGGAUAGGUCUGGAGGAAACUCCAUGAAUUUCUGUUUCUCUCUCUCUCGUUCGUUCUCUCUCUCAGACUGAUGAGGGACACCAUGUUUGCUUGUAGGUUUUCUCAGCCCCCGGGUAUGUGAGGGGAAGUAAGCAUAUGUUCUCUCUCUCUCUAUCUCUGUUUGGCUACCUGGAUCAUCAUUGUCAAACUGGUUCCGCAUAACUGGACUGAGGUCUCUGAUGAGCACCACAGGGACAAACAGCCAGAGGCUCUAUAGGACUGGUGCUCCUAUCAUCAGUGAUGUAGCCACUCCAGGAUCUUCACCCCCUUACCCCUUACCCUUACCUCACCCCAACCCUCACCCCCUCACCCAUCUCCCCCGCCCCCUGGCCAUCCAAACCCCACUUUGACUGACAGCUGCCCAUCAAUCGUCAAUUAGACAUGGAUGUACUGUAAGUGUCCUUGAAGACGUCGACUCACUGCGACCACACGCUAUGUCUCAGAUCUCAGCAGCAGAGGAUGUGGAGGACCAGCAGGUCCUUUUGUUCUGCCGUUCAUAGCAUCGGUUGAUUUGGGGAACUUGUCAAGCUCUGAACGAGGAAAUAGCAAGGUUCCUCUGAAACGUUGUUUUCUGAUGUGGUAGAGUCUUUUUUGGACAUACAGGAAGACAAUUCCACGUGGGAGACCUUUAGGAGUGAGUAUUUUCUUUGACGUAAGUGCAAUAGCCAACUCUGUGGUAGAAAGUGUGGUCCGUGUACUUGGUGUCCUUUGACACAGAACCUUGUACUGCUUGUUUCUGCUUGUUAUAUGACCGUUUAGUUUGACUCCUUAUUGAGCUAGGAAAUUGAAUUUCUUUUUUACUUGCAUUGUUGCAGGAUGACGGACGUGUGUUGUCAAAACUUUUGCUAGAUACUUGAAAUGCUGGCUAGGCAGUUUGUGUGCCUCUGCACUGGAAUGGUCUUUGUUCCUUUUGCUUCGAUGCACAUUAUUUGCACAGAUACCGUAUGCCCUCCACCCACACGCAUACACACACACACAUAUACACACACACACAUACACACACACACAAAGAUACAGAGACAAGCAUAUACACAUGAACACAGUCUCACACUCACACUCUAACAUGCUGUAGAGAACCUUUUUUGUGUCACGAGGCAUCGCAUAUAUUCUUUUCAAGUAAACUUUAAACUAUGCUACUUAGUAAUCCUCAUUAUAAUGCAUAUAAUAGUGUGAGUAUAUAAUCAAUGAUUGUACAGUAAGUAUUCUAUGCUGUAAAGAAAUGUACAUAUGCACACAUUUGAUGUAUGUUUAUUGCUUUUCAUUUGUCUUUUAUUUUCUUUUUGUAUAUUGAUGUUAGGAGUGCUGCUUGAAGGUAGAAGUUGUCAGCAACUCGAUGUUGCAUGAAGAUUUUGUGGAAUGAAAUACAAUAUAUUGAAUUAGUGAGCUUAGCAGAAUGAUGAUGUACUUCCUUCCCUGAUACCUACUGUACUUGUGGUACUAAGGGAACAGGGCAACCAGGGGCCUCUCAACAAUAUCUCUCUUUGUGGCCAUGACAUUUUAUAUUUAUACGGGAACCUACUCUCCCUCAACCUAAAUAAACAUUCCAUCAGAACGUUACACAGAUGUCUAAUGCACAAGAUGGUAAACAGCAUCCUAUGGUUGCCGGAAAAAAUGAGCCCCAUUGAAAACAAAUGAGUAGCUAUAGCAUGUGGAUGGGUUUCCCUAGUGGUGGAUUUGAAGGAUUAGUAUGGUGAUUUAUAUCCAGAUUAGUGCUACCCUUGGUCAAGUUUUUUGUAAUACAGUUGUGAAGCUGUCACUAAUAGCAGAAUAGCAAUAGUUGUCAUGCUUUAUGUGUGUUCGUCCUCUGUUUCCCUCUGUUUGCUUCUGAUGAGUUCAUAUUCGAUUCUUGGUCUGUUUGGCUUUCGACUGUUCUGUGUGCAAUAGCCUACCUACAAGAAGUAUGUCAAACCUCUGACAUAUGGGUUUAGGGUAAAAGGGGGGUGACCUAGUCAUUCUGGCAAAGCCUGAAGGUAAUUUUAUAUGUUUAGUAUGUACCAUGUUUUAAUUAAGCCACAUCUACCUAUUUGCACUUUGUCCAGCAUGGCCCAUAUGUCUUGUGUGCAGAUCGACCAAUGUCAUGAUGGUAAUGAUGCUGCUGAUGACCAAUAAUGGAACAACAGACUGUUUACACUUAACAGAUGAUUUAACUGUUUUGUUUGUUUUGAUUUGUUUAUGAUUUCUGUUGGUAUUGUGUUUCUCAACCUCAGCAAUGCAAGUCACGUGUACUGAACCCUGUUCAGAGGAUUAUAAUAAAUACAACUAUUUAUAACCUGUUUCUC